GGUUCUUAAGAUUGCUCGCUAGGGCUUUAGAAGAGAAUGUGGUGUAGCUAAGAAAUGGGGAACGCGUGCAUCGGCUCCACUACCAACAGUAAGAACGGAUUCUUCCAUCGAUCGAAUUCCGAGGCGCCGCCGGCGUCGACACCAGCUCCAGCAAUCGAUCCGCCUCCCGGCGCGGUCCCUGUGGCAGCUCCCGUCAUUGUUGUUCCACAGCGUCCGCAAGAGCAGGGCAUGAAGGCCGGGAUCGCAGCAUCGACGCCGCGCAGCGCGAUCACAGCAUCGGUGCUAGGUCGCAGCACGGAGAGCGUCCGCGAGCUCUAUACUCUGGGCAGGAAGCUCGGGCAGGGCCAAUUCGGGGUCACGUAUCUGUGCGUGGAGAAGAGCUCCGGGAAGCAGUACGCUUGCAAGACGAUCCCCAAGCGCAAGCUCAUCUCGCAAGAGGAUGUGGACGAUGUGCGGCGCGAGAUCCAGAUAAUGCAUCACCUCGCCGGGCAGCCCAACGUCGUCCAGAUCAAGGGCGCCUACGAGGACGCGGGGUCGGUCCAUCUCGUCAUGGAGCUGUGCGCCGGCGGGGAGCUCUUCGAUCGGAUCAUCCAGAGGGGGCAUUACAGCGAGAGGAAGGCCGCGGAGCUCAUCCGGGUGAUUGUCGGCGUCGUCCAGGCGUGCCACUCGCUCGGGGUCAUGCAUCGCGAUUUGAAGCCCGAGAAUUUCUUGCUGCUCAGCAAGCACGAGGAUUCGCUCAUGAAGGCCACCGACUUUGGAUUGUCUGUGUUCUUCAAGCCAGGAGAAGUCUUCACGGACGUCGUUGGAAGCCCAUACUACGUUGCUCCCGAAGUUCUUCGAAAAAAGUAUGGACCAGAGGCGGAUGUGUGGAGUGCCGGCGUGAUCCUAUACAUUCUUCUCAGCGGCGUUCCUCCAUUCUGGGCUGGUAAGCCAAGCUUUCAUCAGACUUUGAUCAACUUUCGCUUACAUUUCGACCUUAUCGUAGAAACUGAGAAGGGGAUAUUUGAGCAAGUUCUUAAAGGAGAGAUAGACUUUGAGUCGCAUCCAUGGCCUGUGAUCUCGCAGGAUGCUAAAGACCUGAUACGGAAAAUGCUGUGCCCGGUUCCUGCUAACCGCUUGAAAGCUCACGAAGUUCUAGGCCAUCCUUGGGCAAGGGCGGACGGCGUGGCCCCCGAUAAGCCUCUGGACUCUGCAGUGCUUUCGAGGAUGAAACAAUUCUCAGCGAUGAACAAAAUAAAAAAGAUAGCUCUCAGGGUCAUCGCGGAGAGUCUGUCCGAGGAAGAAAUAGCAGGCCUGAAGGAGAUGUUUAAAAUGAUGGACACUGACAACAGUGGAUCAAUCACAUUUGACGAGUUGAAAGCUGGCCUGGAGAGGGUGGGGUCGAACUUGGUGGAGUCUGAGAUUCGGGACCUCAUGGCUGCUGCGGAUGUUGAUAACAGCGGCACUAUUGACUACAAGGAGUUCAUUACAGCGACAUUGCACUUAAACAAGAUUGAGCGCGAGGAACAUCUACUUGCGGCAUUUGCGUACUUCGACAAAGAUAACAGUGGCUACAUUACCAAAGACGAGCUGCAGCAAGUAUGCGCAGAGAACCACAUGGGAGACGAGGUGAUUGAAGAGAUGAUGCGGGAAGCUGAUCAAGACAAUGAUGGACGCAUCGACUACAGCGAGUUUGUCACGAUGAUGAGGAAGGGGGCCGGUGGCAUCGGCCGUAAAACCAUGCGCAAUAGCCUCAGCAUCACCUUCAGGGACCUGCUCACUGUUUGACUGACAAUUUUCACGUCGAUGGGUGUUCGUUACAGGAUCAGGAUCAGAUAUUUUUUCUUCUUUUUUGGCCGACGGAAGAACUCGAAGCUUUGGUUUGUAGAUACGGGUUCUUUUUCGUUCUUUGUUGAUUUCGGUUUUAAUCAAGCUGCAGCAAUGCGAUUGCUACCA